UCUUAAGUUGACCUAAGCGGUCCUCUUACUUUCGUUUUAACAGGGAUGAAAAAAUGUAAACAUCAAAACAAGAGACUGGUUUUCUUAAAAUGAAACAAAAUAUGCAUUCACGGGAUAGAAAAGAACAGAACAGCCCAGAGGCAAGGGCGCUACGGCAAAGGAUUCACUCUCACUUCCAUUAUUUAUAUGACAGCGCAAUUAAUCAUGGACUCAAACCGCCUGAUUUUGAGAAAAUCAGGGCUGUUGUAGAACUGAGAGAAGACACCGACAUUUUUGAAAUUCCAGAUUACGUCUUGAAAUAUUUUGGAGCCUUGUCAUUUUUGUGUAUUACACUCAUCAUUGUCUAUUUGUCUGAGUGGCCUAUUGAAAAUGACUCACUUUUUAAAUUCUGGAUGGACGCAAAAGGAGUCGAUUCUAAAAGUCACCGGUGUGCUGUCGAAAUAUUUGACUUUGUGCAGGAGCUGUCUCGACCCCCUGUAAAGUCGUGUGAUUUCUGUCGUAAUGUGAAAUCCGUUAAAAGGGUUGAAAACAUCUCUCCUGAACAGUUUGAGAAGUUGUAUGCAUACAGUGGUAGGCCAGUUGUGGUGAAGGAUGGAACCAAAAACUGGACAGCAUCACAACACUUUUCCUACCAGUUUUUGAAGACAGUUUACAGCAAGAAUAGCACUGCGUUAAGAAAUGUAGAGGAACACUGUCAGUUUUUCCCAUACAAAUCCAAGUUUAAAAACUUAGAGGAGGUGUUUGAGAUGAGUGAUGACAGAGCAUACAUGAAAGAUAAAUCAUCACCUUGGUACAUAGGAUGGAGUAAUUGUGACCUUUCAGCAGCUAAUACCCUCAGGCAACAUUACAGUCGUCCCUACUUCCUCCCCCAACAAUCCGAGUCCAGCAAAACUGACUGGAUCUUCAUGGGCAGUCCAGGAUAUGGGGCCUCCUUGCAUAUUGACUAUGUAAAUCACCCCUCAUGGCAGGCUCAGAUCACCGGUACCAAACGCUGGACCCUGGAGCCUCCCCCUGAGUGUUACUUCCAGUGCCCAAGGUCAUUCACAGUCACUGUUCAACCAGGGGAAAUAAUUGUUCUGGAUACAAACAUGUGGUACCACUCAACUUUAAAUGUCGGAGAAAACAUCAGUAUCACUAUUGGAUCCGAAUUUGACUAAUAAUAUUCCAAACAUUACCAAAAUAUUAAGAUGAUAUUUUUUUGUGUUGAUCUGUUAUAUCAUUUACCCAGUAACUGUUUUUUUCUGCAGUUUCAAACUUUUAUAUAUUUAUAGUUCUAGUUUUGUAUUUCUGAAUGAAUGACUCAAAUUUCACGAAAGGAAAAUACAGCUUUUGAUACUGAGAUAUUAUACAUGUGCUAUGAAAUCCACUGAUGGCAACAGUUAGUGCUACAAUAGUAGUUAUUUUCAUUAUUUAUAUUAAUGUAUUAUCAUAAAAAGAAAUGGUUGCAUAUUCUUAUGGACAUCCUUUAGUGCCUUAUAAUUAAAUUUUAAAAAAAUGUACUUCCCAGAGACAAAACAUUUACAUUGGGAAAUGUAUAUGCAUCCAUUCUCAUGGUAACUAGGUGGGAUGCCUAUAGAAUGAUAGAAUUUUUGAAUGUUAGUCAUUAUGAACUAUUUUCUCAGGGAUUCCAAAAACAUUUUAUGUUUUUGAUUUUAAAAAGCAGGGAAGCCACUAUCCAGAUCUUGAAAAAUUGUCCCCCUUAAUACACAAGUCCUCAAAGUAAGCUAGAAUUAAAGAUAUAUUUUUUUCUUUUUGAACAAUGUGUAUUUACAAGAAGACAUGUUUUACUUCAUGUAAACCAGAUUGAAAAAUAAUCUGUUUAAUUACUGGUAAUGUCAAUGACCAUAUACAAGUAUUGAUUUUAUUCAAUUUAGUUCCUAUUAUAUACUGGUAGCGCUGGAAUAAUUAACUGAAUGAUGAUAGUAAACAUUUUCAAGGGAAAGUGUCUUGUGAUUCAUCUCAAAGAAAUUUAUCCUAUAUGUAUACAUGUCAUACCAUAUUUAUGCUAUAGGUAAUUUAUUACAAAAAAAGUUAUUAAAUGUACAAUUGAUCACUGGGUGUAAAUGAACAGUCACCUAUUAAUAAUGCAUGUACAGGAUAUUCUGUAAUUUUAAUACAAAUUAUGAAGCCAUCUAAAAGUUUAAAUAAUUUUUCUCUGACGAGUCUUUGAUUAUUAAUUAGGGAAAAUGAAUGAUACAUUAAUUAUACAAAACUAUCAGUGGGUGUAUUUUUUUAAAAAUACUUUAACAUGUAUAGUUUUGUAUUGGUAUUUUACAACUUUUCUAUAAUUUCACUUUUAAUAUUAUUGCAUAUGGAAAGUCUCAACAGAUAAUUACCAGGUAUAUGUAUGUAAUGAAUAAGACUGGUUAUUUCAGUAUAUUUUAUGCAAAAAUAAGGAUGUCAUUGAUAAUAAUUAUAUGUAUGCAUCUUGCAUUGCUGAGGAAUGAAUAUCAUUAGGGCCCCGCAAGUACUUGUGGGUGCCCUAUAGUAAUCACUCUGUCUGUCUGUCCGUCUGUCACUCAUCCGUCCACAAAUUUUCUGUUUUUUUUUCUAAUAACUUUUUUUAUGGUUGCCCAAUCAAGUUCAAAUUUGGUAUGGUAGUUCAGUAGGCAGAAAUUCAUAUUUUGAUGCUAAGUAUGGUUCUCUAUGUCUUCUGGUUUGGAGCUGGGAUGGUGGGGUAGAUUCCUUAACUAUGCAUAAGAAUGAAUGGGCAAAGAGAGAUAACUGCUAAGAAUGCUACCAUUGUAUACUUGGAAGGCUGUGCAAUAUUUGUCCUUUGGGAUUAAUUAACCUUCCACAGGAAGAAAAUCCUAAGCUUUAUCUUUAUCUGUCACAUUGAGAUUAAUUACUGCACUGCCUGUGUCUGCAAAUGAACUUUGUUUUGAAGUUAAGGUCAAUUUUGAAUGAUGUGUAGUAUUGUGUACAUUCUUUGAAAUAUGGAUUUAAAAUAUAAUAUUCAUACUUUAUUUUGGUUAAAAUACCGUACACAAUGAUUUAUGAUAAUUUUAUUGAAUUCUAAAAUCAAGAUAUAUAUUAAGAUAUCCUUUUUCACUAUUUUAUUUUUUAAUUAUUUAUUUUAUUUUUUUCUGCCUUAAUGCUGUUAAUUUUUACAGGUAAUCAGAUAAUAACCCCAUUCUGUCAUUUCUGAAAAAAAAAAAUCUUAUUGUAAAGUUAGAAGAAAAGGAUGAGAGAGCAGAACAAUUAACCCCCCUGGGAUUAAUUAUCUUGCCUGCUGCAGAAAAUUUAGAGGAUUAUCUCUAUCUGUCAUUUGAAGAUUAAUGAACACCUUUGUCUGCAACUGAUGUUUGUUUUGAAGUUGAGGUCAACCCUGGGUGAUACAAUGUAUUUGCAUUCACUGAAGGCCUGCAUUUUAUAAAACACCUGUUUAAAUCUUUUUUACAUACACAUUUAAUUUAGUUUUUUUAUAAGACAUGAGGUUAUCCCUGUUUUAUGCAGAUACAAGGUUACUAUUUAGAGUUUUUGGACAUUCAGGAAUUAUCUUGAAAUUUUAAAAAUACAGUUGUUACUUAUAAUUUUCAUAUUUUUUUUUUUAAAUGUAAUCAAAUUAAACUCUCAUUCCAUGAGUUGCACCCUUAUAUUUUUACCCCUCAGUUUAACACUUUAAUUGUUGGAUGAAAAUCAUAUCCAACUACAAAUCAUGAGAUCCUAUAUAUUGCAGUUCUUUUCAUCUUAUGCCGGCAUUUAUUUUUCAUCAUUGUUAAUAUAAAGAGGAUGGAAGUUUUUUUCACUUCUCUAUAUUAAUUGUCAUAGCGGGGCCCUUCCUGACUGGUCAGUUUUCUAGUUAAUUUAAACAAAUAAAAGGGACUGAAAUCGUUGCACAUUGCAUCCUUCAUUUUAAAUUGGACUAUAUGUGUUACAUUUAAUAUGUAUAUCAUUCCAAUUAUGUAUAUGUAUUGUAUACAUGUACUAGUAUUUACCGUAGCAAUAUGGCUGAUGUCAAAUUUUUUUAUUAAUUCAAAUCUAUUUUUUGUACACUACAGCGAGUUUUUAUGACUUGAAACUUUGUUGAAACAUAGUUUUGUACGAUAUCCAUAAAGUUUUAUGCAUAUUUGCAUGUAAAUAAAAAAUAUUUUGUACCCUUAUCUGUUUAUAGUUGG